GUUGUCAUGCUUAGAGCUCGCGGGGAACGAACCGAGAUUGCUGGUUUCCCGAUUCGCGCUCGCGACAUAGUCGCUUGAAAGGAGCAGGCUCUCCCGUCGCCGGACCGGAAUUCAUGAUCAAGCAGCGAAUGGAUAAGAGCUGACAGGAUCUUACCGUUUCACGACCGCAGCAAUCCGCGCAGUCGUUCACAUCGAACGUUGAACGCGAUGGCGAGAAGCAAGAAAACACCGAAAAAACUCAGAGUGUACCUGCGGGUAGGCCAACACGGAAACGUUUUGAAGAACCUCCGAUGGCGGAAGCUCCUUCCGACGGAGAGUCGCUUGGAGAAACCUCAGCCGAAGAACAGGCGGAUCUUGACGGUUCAGAGACGCCCGUCGAACCCUCUACCACGGGGCAGGCUCAGGUCUCGACUGAGCCGAAGCUCGGCAAAUCCUUCAACCGUACCCAGAAGUUCAUAUUCCUUGCUUGCAUGGUUGGAUACUUGAACUCCAUGAUUGCAUCGACUUUGUUCGAGAACGAUUCCUUCUUCAGCCACCUCUCGGAACUAGAGCGUGAGAUGACGUUCCGCACCGAGAUGGGUCUCUACUAUUCGUAUUUCAAAAGGUUCACCGAGGCCCCCGACACCGUCACUGCAUUCCAAGAGCUCAUCUGGGACAAUCGUACGGAAUACCCGGGUACGAUCAAUGUCAUCAAAAGAUUCAACAUUUACCCUGAAAUCGUCAUGGGGGUCGCGUACAGGGCGGCCUCCUUUGUGUCGGAUUUUCUUGGAAUGGACGCGAAAGACUGCUACACAGUGGUGCGAGGAGAGGAGCGAUCAUCUGUCUAUAGUUGCACCGGACUCGGCGAUCCCGCAGUCUUCUACACGACUUUAGUUCAUUGGUGGAACUUCAUAAGCGGAGUGUCAAUCGCCGGUCUGGCUGCUCUGCUCAGCAAUUCUUUCCUCGGCACCUUGCUCUGCGCCGCCCUGUACUUUUUCAAUUUCGAUCAAGCAACCCGAGUCCAAUGGACCCCACCUCUCCGUGAGAGUUUCGGGUAUCCUUUGCUGAUUGCACAGAUAACCCUCACUAGCUAUACCAUUCGAGAAAGAGCCAAACCCAUCCAUCCUUUCAUCUACGUACUGAUCUCAACGAUGUGUUUGCUCUGCUGGCAAUUCUCCCAAUUCGUUUUCACUGCUGAGAUCGCGUGUCUAUACGCAGUAUAUAUCUUCCACGAGAGGAUAAGCAAGACACUAAUGCAGUACAUUGCCUGCAUGCAUCUCUGUGCGAUAUCCAUAGCGUAUAUUUUCCUGUGCUUCAACGACAUGCUGCUAUGCUCCCUCUAUGCAGCGAUCGUCGUAGUGACCAUCAUUUGCUCUGAGGCACAAUUAUUCUCGAAGUGGAGGCUGGUGAGAAUAAGAAUGCUGUUGCAAAUGGGCGUGCUCUUGUUGACGACACUCGGAGUGAAAAUGCUGCUUGCAUACUUGUUAAAUUCCAACGAUGACGGUCACAUAUUCUACCUUUUGGCAUCCAAGAUCUCAGAUUAUCGCAAUUUCGAUACGAUGCUCUAUACUUGCGCUCCGGAAUUCGACUUCCUGAAGUUGGACUACGUCAAGAACUUAUCCCUCACCGUAGGCGCCAGCCUUCUAAUGAUGCUCGGGGUCUGCGCGUGGGCUCUGUAUCAGGGAGUGAAAUUCCCGACGGACAUAAUCUACAACUUCUAUCAAUGCACCGCGUUCGGAGCCAUGGCGUUCACUUUCAUGCGUUUGAAAGUUCUCCUCACGCCCCAUCUGUGUAUUAUGUCUGCAAUAGCUCUUAGUCCGAAACUUUUACCCAAUAAGGAUGCUCGACGCGCGAUCGCCGCCUGUGUGUUCGCGGUCACGCUGCUACCGGGGAUGCAUUCGAUCUACCAUCAGCAUUCACAUCAAGGAGAAUACAUGAACAGCGACCUCGAGGAACUCAUGUACUUCAUUAAUGACUUCGCCGAGCCGAACGACAGUUUUGCAGGACCGAUGCCCCUCAUGGCGAACAUCCUGCUAUCCACCGGCAGACCGAUCAUCAAUCAUCCCCAUUACGAGAACGCGGCACUCCGCAAUAAGACGAAAUCCGUCUACACGUUACUCUCGCGGAAACCGUUGGCAGAAGUCCACCAAAACCUCAAGAAUCUUCAAGCUCGUUUCGUGAUCAUCCCUCGCGCCUGGUGUCUCGGGAAAUUCCGCAAUGGCUGCUCGCUCACCGAGAUCUGGGACGAACUCGACCCUGACAAUCGCGGCAAGCCCCUGGUCUGUCAGCGAUUGCUCAGGGAGGACACGGAAGGGCUCUUCGAGGAGAUCUUUUCGAACGAGGAAUACUCAAUGUUCUCUCUUGGGGAGGGUGGCGCUCAAUAUCCGCCAAGGAGAGUCCCGCGGAACAUAUAGGGAUGAUGCGAUGAUGGUCUCCAUUGAAAUUCGCCGCCGAGGCGCCGCGCCGCUGCGAUUCUAUUUAGCAUAGCCCGCAUUUUUGGUCAAGGUGCGAGAAUCU